AAAACAGAACUUACCUUGUUUAUUUGUCCAAGACAAAUGAUUUACGGGGUUAUUACAAUACUCAGGAGUUAUUAGAUAAUUGCACAGAAGGUAGAAAGGCAUGGUGUCCACCGGUUUAUCCCACCUCAGCCAAGGGUGAGCAGGGUAAAGACCACCAAACAGCACGGCACCACUGUGAAGAGUAGUCUGGAGAAGACAAAUUUAAAUUGUGCUUUUUACCACGUGGUUAAUAUUACAAAAGGGAGCUUACCAAACUUUUUACAUUUUCUUACAAUAUUAUCUACAUACUUCUCUGAUUGCAUUGCUAUAGCAAAUUGAAAUAGAUUGUACGGAACCAGCAACUAGCACAUUGUUGUUACUCACAGCAUCCACAAGAUGUCAUUAUUGUAAUUUAAACAUAAAACUGUGCUUUUUGCAACACAUCACACCUGCAAAUGACUGAUCUCAGCGCUGUAGGUAUAUCAGGUUUCAGAAUGAACAGUGACUAUUGGGUGAAAUAGGAACACAUAGAAACGUAAGGCGAUAUGAUAAUCACUUUUUUUUUCUUUUCAUGAAUCAUAUCUUGAGUAAACACAGUCUCUAAGUCACUCCUUUCUCAAAGAAGUAUGUUUGGUUUUCAGUACUAUAGUAGGGAGCUGGAAUACCUAAGAUUAACCUCUUUGCAUCUAGGCAGGCAACAUGCACUGACGAUUUUACUGAACAGAACUACAAACAUUUAUUUUGAUGCCUGGAAAUCUGCCUUCAGUAUUCCUUCCUGCUGAGAUAUUUAGCAUCGGAUUAAGGAUACAGCUUUCAUGCUUCUGAUGCUGCUGAUGGCAAUGGCAAGCACAGGGGCAGGGACGAAGGGUACGACUAGUUCUCCGGUAGAUGCCAGCUCUGAAGAAAGUGCCAGAACAUAUGUGUUUUCUGUUAACUAUGAUCUGGUGCAAAUUCCUUAUGAGAUCACGCUUUGGAUCAUAUUGGCAUCAUAUGCAAAAAUCGGUUUCCACUUGUAUCACAGGCUUCCGAAAAUAAUGCCAGAAAGCUGCAUCCUUAUUGUAAUUGGUUUAAUAGUUGGUGGGAUUAUAUUUGCUACGGAUCACAAAUCUCCACCAGCUAUGAGGACCGAUAUAUACUUCUUGUAUCUCCUACCUCCAAUUGUUCUUGAAGGAGGGUACUUUUUGCCUACUCGACCCUUUUUUGAAAAUAUUGGAACCAUAAUAUGCUGGUCAGUGUUGGGGACUCUGAUUAAUGCGUUUGGUAUUGGUUUUUCCCUCUACGGAAUCUGUCAGAUUGAAGCAUUCAAGUUAACUGAUGUAACACUGUUACAGAACCUCAUGUAUGGCAGUCUGAUCUCGGCUGUGGAUCCUGUAGCAGUUCUUACAGUAUUUGAAGAAAUCUCUGUUAAUGAACAGUUGUACAUGAUCAUUUUUGGAGAGUCUUUAUUAAAUGAUGGAUUAACUGUGGUAUUGUAUAAUAUAUUCAUCUCCUUUACACAAAUGCACACCUUUGAAUCUAUUGAGCCUGCAGAUGUAUUUGCAGGUAUUGGACGUUUUUUGUUGGUGGGCAUUGGUGGAGUAGUCUUUGGGAUCAUAUUCGGAUUCCUUUCAGCAUUUAUCACAAGAUUCACAAAGAAUAUUUCUUCCAUUGAGCCCCUCAUUGUCUUCAUGUUCAGUUACCUCUCAUAUUUGUCUGCAGAAGCCUUUUACCUCUCUGGCAUCUUGGCUAUGACAGCCUGUGCAAUGACCAUGAAGAAGUAUGUUGAAGAAAAUAUCAGCAAGAAUUCCAGUACAACAAUAAAAUACUUUAUGAAGAUGCUAAGCAGCCUCAGCGAAACCCUGAUAUUUGUCUUUAUGGGGGUUAGCACUGUGGGAAAGAACCAUAGCUGGAACUGGGCUUUUGUCAGCUUCACCUUACUCUUCUGUCUGAUUUGGAGAACACUAAGUGUCUUCCUUCUUUUUCCUAUCAUAAAUCAUUAUCGAACAAUACGUUUUACCCUUAAAGACCAGCUCAUUAUUGCCUACAGUGGACUUCGGGGUGCAAGCAGUUUUUCACUUGUGUUUCUGCUUCCCAUCCUUCUGUUUCCAAGGAAAGAAAUGUUUAUUACUUCUACAAUUGUUGUCAUUUAUGUCACAGUGUUCUUCAAGGGAAUGACAGUUGGACCUUUAGUCAGAUAUUUGAAUGUGAAGAGAACUAACAGAAAGGAAACAAUUAAUGAAGAAAUUCAUACACGGUUAAUGGAUCAUUUGAAAACUGGAAUUGCAGAUAUAUGUGGGAUCUGGGGACACUAUCAGAUGAGACAAAAAUAUAACCAGAUUGAUAACAAGUUCCUACGAAGAGCUUUAAUCCGAGAUAACCAGCCCAAGUCAAGCAUUGUUUCCCUACAUAAGAAGCUUGAGCUGAAACAAGCCAUUAAGAUGACAAAAUUUGGUAUGGGCAGAGAUAUUUCUUUGACAUCCUUACAGCCUUACUCACGUGCUUACAUAGCAAAUGCCCUUUCCUCAGAAGAUGUAGCACAGAUGAAGCAUCUGCUGACAAACAGCCUCUAUCGAGUGCGGAGAAGGACACCAUCAUAUAACAAAUACAGUCUGCCAAGGGAGGACAGCGAAAGGCAAAACAGAGAAAUUCUUAUACGCAGAUAUUCAAGCAUGAGAAGAGGACAGACCCUUCCAUGGGAAAGACAGGCUGGAGCCAAAAAUGUUCGGUUUCUGUCACUUCCUCACUGCAGCUCCAACUCAGGAGCAGGCAGAACAAAAGAUCAACCGUUUCAAGGUGUUGAUGAUGACGUAUUUUCUCGAAGCCCAGUCGCGCAACAUAGAACAGGGACCAGUACAUUGGGUCACUGGAAACCUGAUCAAAGAAACAAAAGCAAAGCAGGUUCAUGGCAUGCAAAAGAAAAUGUCUUGAAGAAGGAGCUGAUUACAAAACCAAGGUACCAGUCGGCAAACGCACAACUGCACUUUGAUGUGGUACUUGAGGAAGAUAUACACUCAAAUAAAGAAAGUGAUACUGAAGAGGACACACGACACACAGUGAGAUGGAACUCUAAAGCAAAAAAUAACCAACAUUUCAAAAAACUUUAGAAACUUUUGAGUAUUUCUAUAAAAUUAACAACAAUGGAUUCUACAGUAUAUGCAAAGAGAAAGUGGGCCUAUGACUGUUAAAGUUGUAUCCUAAAUAAUAACAAAUGUGUGAAAUCUGGACUGUGUUAAUACAUCUGCAAUACAUCUGUUAAUCUAAGGGACAGAGUUUUCAAAGUCUACAAAAUCUACAAGCUUCUUUCUCUGCAGAGAAUGAUGCCUGUUUGGUUCUAACUAGAGAACAAUACAUGCAGACAUUUCUAGUGGGAAAGUUACCAGGAGUGACUUUUUGCACCUUUUAAUACAUAAGCAGGCCCUGUGGCCCCUAGGGCGGCACAAAUUUAGGGGCAGGAUGCCGCCCCGCCGCAACAAAACUUUGACAUUUUGCACCCAUACGGAGCAAUGGGGACUUCUCAUACGGAGCAUGUGCGCUUGCGUCGGUGUGGGGGACGUUUGUUCACGCAUGCGGGGGCGGGGUGGACGCGAAGAACAUACAGGAUAUGUAAAUUAUUAAAUACAUAAGUGCUUUAAGACACAAGGGGCAACAUAGAGAAAGAGGGUACAUAGAGAAAGAGGGCACAGGUAAGCAUACAGUAAGUAAGGAGUGAUGAACCAGAGGAACACUAAAAUGCUUUCUUUGCAAAGUGCUCUCUAAGGAACAAGUAUAUAUAUAUAUAUAAAUAAAACCAUUCAUAUACGUAAUCAUGGUCAUUGGUAUAUGAAGGCCCUAAUGUACAUGAUAAAUAAAAGGCAUUAAGUUGCGGACAUAUAUAUAUAUUUAUGCACAUGUUUAUGCAACUAAUUGGAUUGGAAUCCAGGAAAAAUACUUCAACAGUAAAGGGGAGAGAAGAUGCACAUAACAAUUAUAAUUCUGAUGAGUACAUAAUGCAUGAGAGAAAUGGUGAUUCAAGGAAAGAAAUUGUGUACUUUUUUUUUUAUUAGCAGCACUUCAUGUGUCUUGUUGAUGUUGACUUUUGCAUUAAUCUGGGUGUUUCAUUUUUGUGAUGUUAGAAUAAAAUAUUUAUUACAUAAGGUAAA